GUAAGUGUGUGUGUGUGAAAGAGAGAGAGCAGUCAGCCCGAGUUGAGGGUGGUGAAGCGGCGGAGGAGAAGCGGGGCUGAAUUCGGUGCUGCUACGAAAUGGCCGGGCAGCAGUUUCAGUACGACGACAGCGGCAAUACGUUUUUCUACUUCCUCACCUCCUUCGUCGGCUUAAUUGUUAUCCCGGCCACAUAUUACCUCUGGCCGCGGGAUCAGAAUGCAGAACAAUUACGUUUAAAGGCCUUGCGAAGAGUUCACGGAAGAUGUCUGUGGUAUCGCCUUCGGCUUAUGAAAUCACAGCAAAGCGUUGUCCCAACACUAAAAAAAGCAGCCCUCUUGUUUGGUUGGGCAGUAUUUCUUUUCCUGGCCUAUAAGGUGUCUAAAUUAGAUCGAGAGUACCAGGAGUAUAACCCCUAUGAGGUCCUAAAUCUGGAUGCGGGGGCAUCUGUGUCUGAGAUUAAGAAGCAAUACAGAGUGCUGUCGCUAAAAUACCACCCUGACAAAGGAGGAGAUGAGGCCAUGUUCAUGAAGAUAGCUAAAGCUUACUCAGCUUUAACUAAUGAGGAAUCACGGAAAAACUGGGAAACCUAUGGGAACCCUGAUGGCCCUAGAGUCACAAGUUUUGGAAUUGCUCUACCUGCAUGGAUCGUUGACCAGAAAAACUCUAUGCUGGUGCUACUGGUGUAUGGUUUGGCUUUUAUGGUCAUUCUUCCAGUGGUUGUGGGCACAUGGUGGUACCGUUCUAUUCGUUAUAGUGGUGAUCAGAUCCUCAUUAAUACAACACAGCUCUUCAUGCACUUUAUGUACAAAACACCCACCAUGAACAUGAAGCGGUUGGUGAUGGUGCUGACAGCAGCAUUUGAAUUCGACCCACGUAGCAACAAAGAGGCUAUUAUAAGACCAACUGACAACAUUGAAGUUCCACAGCUCAUUCGGGAGCUGGGAAACAUCAAUGUGAAGAAGAAGGAGCCUCCAUUCUGUUACCCCUACAGCCUGAAGGCUCGUGUCCUUGUGCUCACACACCUCGCUCGGAUGGAGGUGUCUGAGAACAUUGAAGAAGACCAGAGGUUUGUGGUGAAGAAGUGUCCUGCAUUGCUCCAGGAGAUGAUCAAUGUUGGCUGCCAGCUCACAAUGAUGGCCACCAGUAGAGGAGGUUUCCGGGCUCCUAGACUGACCUCUAUAGAGAACUGCAUGAAACUGACUCAGAUGACAGUUCAAGGGCUGCAGGAGGCCAAGUCUCCUCUACUUCAGCUGCCCCACUUUGAAGAGGAGCACCUCAGAUACUGCAUCUCCAAAAAGUAUAAGGUACGAAGUCUUCAGGACCUGGUUAGUCUGAAGGACUCGGACAGGAGAAGCAUGCUGAGGUUUCUGGGAGAUGAGAAGUAUGAUGAGGUCAAGGCUGUCCUUGGAAGCCUCCCUCACAUUACUAUGGAGACUAAACUUCAAGUGCUGGAUGAUGAAGACAGUAAUAACAUAACAGCAGGGUCCAUUGUCACAGUUACGGUCAUCUUGACACGGAAGAGGAUGGCUGAUGUCUUUGAGAAGGAUCAGGAUCCUCAGGCACCUGCAGAAGAGGCCAGCACAGAGGAGGCGCAAGGUGAUGCUGCCAAAAACAAAACAAAAGUUUGGCAGAAUAAGAGUAAAGGAGCUAAGAAAGCAGCCAAGUCUAAAAAGAAAAAACUGACUAAGAAGAGGCCGGUCCCCCAGCAACAGACAGCCAAGGGCGACAAGACCAAACAAGCCAAUGGCAAUGUGGCAGGAAAUGAAGUGGCUGUUGUAGCAAAAGAGGAAGAGGAGGAUCUCUCUGACAAAGGCAGCGAAUCAGAUGAAGCAGAAGGAAACAAGGACUCUCCCAGUGAGAGAGAUGAGGAGAGUGACAAACAGAGUGAGACUGAGGUGGAUGAGAUCACAGGGGAUGAUGAAGAGGAGUGGGAAGCACUGCAGCAGAGCAUCCAGCGGCGUGAGCGAGCACUACUGGAGACAAAGUCCAAGAUCACACAUCCAGUCUACAGCCUGUACUUCCCUGAGGAGAAGCAGGAGUGGUGGUGGCUCUACAUUGCUGACCGCAAGGACCAGACACUGGUGUCCAUGCCCUACCAUGUGUGCACACUUAAAGACACAGAGGAGGUUGAACUGAAAUUCCCUGCUCCAUCGAAAGCAGGAAACUAUCAGUAUUCAGUGAUCCUCAGAUCAGAUUCUUACAUGGGAUUAGAUCAGAUCAAGCCACUGAAGUUGGAGGUGCAUGAAGCAAAGGCCAUUAUGGAUAACCACCCGCAGUGGGACAUCCCAGAGACUGAGGAAGAGGAGGAGGAUCAGGAAGACAGUGAUGGCAUUGAGGAAUCUGAGGAAGAUGAUGAAGACAAUGACUAAUCCAGCCAACUCAUAAGAACUUGAACUUGGUUCACACACCCAUGUGCCCGCUCUAUCUGUCAUGCACAUGAGCACACACACACACACACACACACACUCCCUCACAGCCCAAAACAACUGCCAUACCAAUGUUACCACAAAAAAGUGGCCCAUAUGAGGUAUGGACUGUGAUGUCCCCCGCUGCCUUGGUUCCAGACACAUGCUUGCACAUGCUUGCACACACUCACACAUGAUUGGUUAUGUGACUCAAACGUCUAAUCAUUUGAUGUGAGGGUCUGCUCUGUUUUUAUGUUUCCAUUAUCAAAAUAACUGUGGGCUUGAGCCUGCAGAGCUGCUGUCGCCACUCUGCCUCAUCAGAGGUGUUUGACCAACUACCAGUUAAGAGAAAUAAACAGACUGCUUCCCCCAAACAAAGACACCUCAUGAUCAUCAUUUUUAUUAAUGUCACUUUUUAUUAUGGAUUAUGGGUAGUUCCUUUCCUCUUGUUUUAUUUAGUUUAAUUUAGUUUUCAGAUUCUGAAAAGACUGAUUUUUCAGGAUCCACUGCAGGCUGUGAAAAGCGUGAGCCGGUGUGGCUUAAUCAGGUGUGGCUGUGUACUGGGAGCAGAGUGACAAUGCAACUGAGGAACUGGAGGGGUAAAUAUUAGUCAUGCAUCUCAUCUCAUUUGCUCUAGUUUUGAUCCAGUAGGAUGUAGGAGCUCUACUGCACCUCUUCUUAUGACGCUUAACGUCCUUAACGGUUCUUGCAGUUCUCCUGGAAUUAUUUUACACAUUCCACAGCCAGUUCUACAGUGCAGUCUACCUUUGAUCUUGGUCCCGAUUUAAAGUUGUAGUUCUUAGUUCUGAUACCAGGGUAGACCUGUGUACUGCAUUCAUAUUGCUUUCUUUCCUUAUUGUUUCAUAAAAAAAAUCUUUAAAUUCUUUUGUUUUUGAUAUAUUCCAUUUUGUUGAAAAUCUGAUUUUUUUCCAUUGCUUGUUUUAUUGUGCAUAAAGACAUAGCAGGAAUUAGGAUUUAGAGUCAGAGCCACAGCAGGUAACUAGUACUAAGUUCGAUAUAUUUUGUGGGGAUCUGACAGUUCAACCAAAACCUUUUUCCUCCUCAUUUUAAUUUUUAUUUGUAUUUGAUACAUGGAGGCCUGAACCACAGUUGAGCUAUGUCAAUGUCAGGGUAGUUUUAAAAUUUUUCCUAGUAUUUUUAGUUCACAUUCCACCUUUGUGAAAUGCCUUAAUCUUAUUGUAGUGGUUGAGUAUGUGUACAUUUUUAUAUUUUGGGAGGUUUCACUUCGCUUUUCCAAUUUGGCUCCAAACAAAUAUAUUUAUUUAGGUAAUUGGUAUAAAAUGAUGCAGUUUGCGUAUAUGCCUUUUAAAUAAGGAUGGUGACUACUUGCCCUUUUUCUGAGUAUAUUUUUGAUAACUGGUGCACAGCUGUCAGAAAUGCAUACUGGCUAUUUGAAUAUUUGAAUGCCAUGGUAGGUUAUGUACACACACAUUGGGCUAUUUAUAUCACAAAACAACCGCCAUUGAAAUUGUAUUUCCACAUUUCCCAUGGCAUGAGUUCAAAGCUCUUUGUCUUGAAGACAGUGGCAGGCCAACAUUAAGCCUUUUUUUUCUUCUGCUUCUUAUGGAAGAAACCCAUAUUUUUGGAAUUCUAUUAAUAUUGUUUUGAUUAUUUACAUAUUUCUUUGUGUUUGGAGGAUAUAAUGUUCGCUGUGGGGUGGGUGUGACGGGGCUGUGAAUAGGCCUGGUUGGCAUUGGACUUGUGGUUUUGAAACAGUCAAUCGCAUGGUCUGCUCUGUGUCAGCGGGAUAACUGAAGUGGGAGGAAGCUCUUUGUUUAGGCUGUGAAAUGUCUGUAGUGGUGCUGUGUAGAUUACUAAUGGGCUUAAUUGCGAAUCAGCCUCCCCCCCUGCUUUUUUAUUAUGGGCAGAGUAAGCCUCUUUGUGGACUGGGUUAUUAUUUUUUUUAUUAGUAGUAUAAUCAUUUUAACUAUUCCUGUAUGGGUGUAUGAGUUAGCGAGGUGUUCACAGAUGCUUUUUAAAGUGUAUUUCUGUUGUGGCUAGAGUGGCAUCAGAUCUGUUCUCUGCAGGAGCUGAGGUAGAUAUCCUCACACUAUAGAGAUGUGUGUCAAAUAUAAUCCUUUCUAAUUCAUCCUAUUGAUUUUUUUUCACGCUUUUUCCCAGUUAUGAAUUUGUUACACAAAUAUACAGGACAUUUUUUCGAUCCCUGUGGCACAUUUUUGCCAUGCAUUUUUAAUUUUCUUUUUCUAUUUGAGAAGGGGGUUUUUUUGGAAGCCAGUGUUUUUGUUCUUUUGGAGUAGCAUUAGCCUAAGCAUAAUGCUAUCUAUGUCCUUUGGAAGAAAAAUGGUAGUAUUCUGGCUGCUUGGAUUACAUGCACACACAGAUUGACACACCUGACCACCCAUCCAAACAAAUGUUACUCUACCAAACUAUUAAAGUUCCCCGGUCUGAUAGACAUUUUAGUAUUAUAGAUCCACAGAAGAAUGUAGCAUCAGUUAGAAUGCUGUGUAUAAAAAGCUGUGACGCAAAAACUGAUUAAAUAUAUAGUUAAUAUAAACCUUUGUAUGCACACACCAACACACACACACACACACACACACACACACACACACACACACACACACACACACACAAACAUACGGCCACUGAUUAGGCUGAUAAAGGCCAGACCAUGUAUAACCCAGUGUAACAGGCAGGGAGAGUGAUGUAUAGCCCGAUAAACCAGUAUCUGCCACUUUUGUUUACAAGAAAAGUCAUUGUAAAUGGAAUAUAUAUAAAUAUAUUAUUUGUAUUUAAAUCAUUUCAAAUAAAAGAACUUUUAAAAUCAA